AUGAUAUGUACAGACUCAAAUCCUUAUGUUCCUUCGUCCAAUGACCCGCCUACGACAGAUGCAGCCCAACUCGACCUUCUCUUUCGUCUUCGAAUAAUAGCGCAACUGCAAGCGCUCGCCUAUCCCCAUAUUUACCACUGCCAUCUUGAUGACCAUAUAAUCGACAUUCUCAACUGGUUGGCCUCCUGCUUCGCCCCGAAUGCCUCAGGAGAUGCCGUGUCAGUCGCCUUUUCCGCUCAUUCCGGUCUUAUCACCCUCUACAUUGCCAGUAACCACAAUACUCCAAACACUGAUGCUGUCCGGAAGUGCGUAAUCCGCUUCCUCUCCACGCUGCGCACAGUACUUCGUGAUGGCGACGUUGGACCGAAGGUUGCAUCCCAGAUGUUUUUCCGCAUGGUUGUGAAUAUCGCGCAUGCCAGGAUACAACGUAAAAUACAUCUUGUAGGGCAGACGGACGAGGGUCCUGGGCAGACAGCAUAUCACUUUACCAACCUUGUGUCGCUAUGGCUCGUAUACCGCCCGGAGGGAGAGCAGUCACGGGGGUUCUUGAAUAUGGCAACGAAUUACGGCGGGAAUUCGGCUUGUGCAAACAAGUAUCUCAUAGAGUCCUUCCUGACUUUAGUGAACCUACCACCGGAGCAAGCAGAUGUGAACGAGCGAUAUACCUAUCUCUCUUCUAUAAUCACCGCCUGCAGCUUACUGGUCAAUUCCACGUUCUUUGACGACCUCGUAAAUCACCACUCCUUUCGGCUAUCUUUGAAGAUUCAGGAUCGUAUUUUCUUGCACAAAAUCUUUCGUCGAAUAACUCGCAUCGCUGCUUAUAAGAUCGGUGCAAUGCAGUUUGCCUACUUCGGACUUCCCUUUAUUCGGCAAGUCCUCGGUGUUUCUCCGCAACGUGCCAUAAACGUGAAGCUUUUAAGCGAACCUACUACCUCCCACUCUUUGUCGAAAACAUACCAUUGGCCAUACUCCCCAUCUGACCAUAUUCCCCGUAUCCUCCCUGAUAGUGGAUCACCGCAAUCGACCGACGAAAGCUUGAGUUCAGAAGAGAGCCACACCCUUCGCUCCGAACUGUCACAACUUGAAAGUCAGCUACGCAACGAACUUUUGAAAUCUGAACUUCUAGUCAAUGUAUGGGAGCAAGGCGCGCCGGUCGACACCAAGUUUCACUCGGAACUACAGCUGAUACAUUACUUGGAAGAAAAUCAUGUGGAUGUGGCUUGCCAAGCAUUUGGGACGUCGAAGCCGGUUUGUUGGACUUGCGGAUGCUAUAUCGACCACUUACAGUGCACUAGCACUAGCGUCUCUGAGAAUGAGGAAUCAGAGGAGGUAGGAGGAGGAGCAGCGGAACGGCGGUGGUGGUAUUCGAAAGGAUCUAGGAAAGUUUACUAUGAGUGGAUGAUACCCCCUUCUGCCAAGCAGGAUACCAUAGAUGGUUUAUUAGAAGACUCGCAGCGGAAGAUGGAAAGAAUAGUAGAAGAGGUCGCAUUUGAUUGUCAUUUCUAG